UUUUUACAAGGCGUUCAUUUUGCUAAAUCCUCCCGACUCCACACAACAGCCGGUUCAGCAGUUCUCUCUCACUGCAGCCUAAAAGCACUUUUUUUUCAAGUUUUCUACAAACGUGUCACAGUGCCAAAGAAAGAAAAUGGUGAACUUCGGAAUCAACGGAUUUGGUCGCAUCGGUCGUUUGGUUUGCCGUGCAAGUCUUGAAAGAGACGAUGUACAAAUUGUUGCGAUUAACGAUCCCUUCAUCGACCUAGAUUACAUGGUUUACAUGUUCAAGUAUGACUCCACCCAUGGCAGGUUCAAGGGAACCGUGGAGGCCAAGGAUGGCAAACUUGUCAUUAAUGGCAAGCCCGUUAGUGUGUUCGCAUGCAAGGACCCCACCCAAAUCCCAUGGGGGGAGACUGGUGCAGACUAUGUUGUCGAGUCCACUGGCGUCUUCACAACUCUGGAGAAAGCCGGCUUUCAUUUGAAGGGCGGGGCCAAGAAGGUCAUCAUUUCAGCCCCAUCUGCUGAUGCCCCAAUGUUUGUCAUGGGCGUCAACCAUGAGAAGUAUGACCCAAGCAUGACCGUGGUCAGUAAUGCCUCAUGCACUACCAACUGCCUGGCACCCCUUGUCAAGGUCAUCAAUGAUAACUUUGGUCUUGAGGAGGGUCUUAUGACCACGAUCCACGCCUACACUGCCACCCAGAAGACUGUGGAUGGACCAAGUGCCAAGAACUGGCGUGAUGGCCGUGGUGCCCAUCAGAAUGUCAUCCCGGCAUCCACUGGUGCUGCCAAGGCUGUCGGCAAGGUCAUUCCUGAGGUAAACGGCAAGCUGACUGGUAUGGCAUUCCGUGUCCCUGUGGCUGAUGUCUCAGUGGUUGACUUGACUUGUCGUCUGAAUAAGCCGGCUAAGUACGAAGAGAUCAAGGCUGUUGUGAAGAAGGCAUCUGAGUCCAAAGAAAUGGGCCAAUACCUUGGAUACACUGAAGACCAGGUUGUCUCAACUGACUUCAUUGGAGAGCGUGUUUCAAGUGUGUUUGAUGCUAGAGCUGGAAUCCAACUGAAUGAUAAGUUUGUCAAGCUUGUAACCUGGUAUGAUAAUGAGUACGGCUAUAGUCACCGUGUUGUAGACCUCAUGAGAUACAUGGCCAGCCGUUCUUAGACCAUCCCACACCCUCUUAGCAAGGAUGAUAAGGACCCCAUCUGAGCUCUGUUGCAUUGUGCUGUUGUAGACUGAUAGAUGUCAAACUUUUAUAAGGACUGAAAUCGACAAAAAUGAUAAACUGUAGUAGGGAGAUACUAGGCAUUCAAUGCCUCUGAACCAUUUAUACAGGAAAACAUCUUUAAAAGUUUUUUUUCUUAAAAUUGUUGUAUUUAACUAUGACAAUAAAGUGGCAUAUACUGUUC